CAGGCACAACUGACAGUGGCAGAAGCUCAGCUGACAAGGACUGGGGACGGCGGUGUCCUUGUCUUGCCUUUGUCGCCCCCGCCUCUCUCUUCCCUGGCUGAACCUGCGGAGUCCCCGCCGAAGAACCCGAGGAGCCAUAUAUUGAAGACCAUGUCUGGAAGCUUCUACUUUGUAAUUGUUGGUCACCAUGAUAAUCCAGUUUUUGAAAUGGAGUUUUUGCCAGCUGGGAAGGCAGAAUCCAAAGACGACCAUCGUCAUCUGAACCAGUUCAUAGCUCAUGCUGCUCUCGACCUCGUAGAUGAGAACAUGUGGCUGUCGAACAACAUGUACUUGAAAACUGUGGACAAGUUCAACGAGUGGUUUGUGUCAGCAUUUGUCACCGCGGGGCAUAUGAGGUUUAUUAUGCUUCAUGACAUAAGACAAGAAGAUGGAAUAAAGAACUUCUUUACUGAUGUUUAUGAUUUAUAUAUAAAAUUUUCAAUGAAUCCAUUUUAUGAACCCAAUUCUCCUAUUCGAUCAAGUGCAUUUGACAGAAAAGUUCAGUUUCUUGGGAAGAAACACCUUUUAAGCUGAAUGGAGAAAAUUCCAAAAUAAAUGAUAUCACCACAAUGGUGUAUACUCAGGAAUGUGUACAUUGUAAAUUACUUGAUUAAAUAGCCUGGAAAUCUUU